UUACUCUCAUUGUCACCUAGUAGUGCUACUUAGAGUAUAACAUUGGAGAGAAACAACUGUAUGACUCUGAGAGGGGAGGCGAGGACCGCGAUUCCACCACGCCUUCCUCAUGUCAAAACAGCGUGUACUCACUCAUCCACUCCACGCAGAGUCAAACUGCAACUGACAAGGAUCUCCAAUGGCGACGCACUCUGCACAUAAGAACUGUGCUCUUCUUUUGCUGCUUUCGAUCCUGUCUGUGUCACUUACUACGCAAGAUGACCUCAUAGUCAAUACUCGCAAUGGGAAAGUCCAAGGAAAACAGCUUUCCGUGCUCGGUGGUAAUAUCCGAGCCUUCCUUGGCAUUCCAUUUGCAAAACCACCACUUGGCAAACUGAGAUUCAGAGAUCCAGAGCCUGCAGAAAGAUGGGAGGGGGUGUUGGAUGCCACUAACUAUGCAAAUUCAUGCUACCAGAUUCCUGAUACAUUCUAUCCAGGUUUCAGGGGUGCAGAGAUGUGGAACCCAAACACUAAAUUAAGCGAGGACUGCCUCUAUCUAAAUAUCUGGACCCCUUUUAACAAAGCUAGUCAGAGUUCACUGGCUCCUGUCCUUGUCUGGAUCUAUGGAGGGGGGUUUCUUUCAGGAACAUCCUCUCUGGAUAUUUAUGAUGGCCGGUACCUGAGUAAAGUUGAAGGUGUUGUUGUCGUAUCAAUGAAUUACAGAAUUGGUCCGCUUGGCUUUUUGGCUUUGCCUGACAACAACAUUCGAGGCAAUGCAGGUCUCCUGGACCAGCGCUUAGCCCUUCAAUGGGUAGCCGAUAAUAUUGCCUCUUUUGGGGGUGACCCUUCACAGGUCACAAUUUUUGGGGAGAGUGCUGGGUCUGCAUCUGUCGGCUUCCACCUCCUCUCCCCAGGUAGUCAUGACCUUUUCCAAAGGGCCGUCAUGCAGAGUGGUUCCCCGAAUGCACCGUGGGCCUUAAUCAGCAAGACAGUUGCACAUGAAAGGUCCAUGAUGCUGGCUCAAUUAAUCGGCUGCUCCAUGUCUACUCCAGCUUAUCUGGACAUCUGUUUACAAGUGACUGAUCCUUGGUUGAUAACCUCAAAGCAAUUUGAUGUUGUCACACAGCCCAGUAUACUGUCCAUUCCUUUUCCACCGGUUGUGGAUGGGUACUUCCUACCUGAUGAACCUGAGAUCUUGCUGCAAAGUAAUGCACUUCCAAAGAAAGAAGUGUUGCUUGGAUUAAACAGGAAUGAAGGGACCUACUUUUUAGUUUAUGGGAUGCCAGGAUUUAACAUCACUGGUGAGAGUCUCAUCACCAGGAAGGAGUUCAUACAAGGAGUGCGGCUGGCUAUGGCAGGCUUUGACGCUGUUGCAGAAGAAGGGGUCGUUUUCCACUACACCGAUUGGACGGACGAGCAUAACAGCAUGAAAAACCGUGACUCCCUGGGGGAUCUGGUUGGAGACCGUUUUUUUGUUUCUCCUUUGUUAGAGUUUGCUCGCAGGUACUCACAACGGGGAGGUAAAACAUUCCUAUAUUCUUUUGAUCACCGGUCUUCCAUAAAUCCUUGGCCGGAAUGGAUGGGUGUUUUACAUGGGGACGAGAUAGAGUUUGUGUUUGGAAUGCCACUGAAUGAAACAUGGGGGUACACAAAGGCUGAAGUGAACAUGACCAAGAAAUUUCUGAAGCACUGGGCAAACUUUGCAAGGACCGGAAAUCCAGGAAUUGAUGGAGCCGCAUGGCCCUUGUUCACCCCUGAACGGCAAGAGUAUUUCACACUGAACUCUAACCUUCCAGAAAAAAGAAGGAUGAUGAGAGCCAAAGAGUGCUACUUGUGGAAUAAAAUGAUGCCAAGAAUACAGCAGUUUUCAGGUGAUCUACAGGCCUGUCUGACUGCAAAUGGAAGAAUGCUCCACUUCAACUGCACAUUCCUUAUCAUUUCAUUGUUUAUCUCGUUACUCCGUCUGUAAAGGGAGAAGGGGGCAAAUCUGUCUUACAUAUAACUUGACUGUUCGAUGCCCAUAUGCAAAAGAAAGGGGG